CAGUCUGAUUCAACUUAAUUCUUGAAAUGUACAGGACCACGAAUUUUGUUUGUCCUUGGCUCUGCUCGUUUCAGAGGAGUUUCUGUACAGGAAAGGGUGUUUUUGUAUCUCAUAGUGCCAGUAGUAAAAGAAAGAAGUUGUUUUAUUUGCGCAAAAGUCGAAGUUUUUUUAUUGUAAAGCUUGCAUGCUCUAGUAUUGGAGACGUAGAGUAUAUUCCUUUGACUCCAGCACCCAGCAAUGUUACAGAACAGGAACCGGCCCUUGGAAACAGGGUACUCCCCUUGUUUCCUUUAUCUUUAGUUGUGCAGCCGGAUGCCACGAUACCUCUCCAUAUUUUCGAAAUGCGAUACCGUUUGUUGUUUAAUCGCAUUAAAGAAGGGGACAAAUUGUUUGGUAUAGUUUUAUAUAACAAAAACAACGAUAGUGUUGCUCGAUAUGGUUGUUUAAUGGAACUUAUUCGAUUUGAACCUUUACCGGAUGGCAGGAUGUUAACCGUGAACGUGGGAAAGGAACGUUUCCGUGUGAAUCAUAUUAUUAAAGACAAACCAUUUAUCACUGCUUCAGUGGUUACUGUAGAAGAUAUAGACUGUGACGAUACCAUUUUUUCUCUAGGAGAGGCUGUGUGGACAGAUUUGAACCAAGUUCUUUCAUUAUCGAACAAAUUAUAUGGAAAGAAUGUUUGUCUUAGUGAAGAGUUACGACGGCUAGCACCGAAUCCAGAGAGCAGAGAUCGACAUCGUCUGAUUAUGUUUUCUUAUAGAGUUAGUCAAGUAUUGGACAUUCCUGUACAGGAUCAACAGUUGUUGUUGCAAACGCAAAGCACGAAGGAUCGUUUCCAACAUCAAUUAGAGUUGUUGGAACAUGCGAGAAAGUUUUUAGCAGCUCAACUGGCUAUCAAUGAUGCUUUGGACAGGCGAAAUUUUUAAUGAUUUAUUUCGAUACUUGGGAUC